UGCUAUUACCAAUACUUUUUAGCUUUUUGUUUCAGAAACACUUCUCUCAGUUGCAGAAGUGAGAAAGUUGCAACAAAUCCAAAUGACUACCUAACAGAUGAUAAUGAAUGGACCUCAAAUUCAACAAUUUAUGAAUAUAUCCCAAGAACAAAUUAUUGUAAUAUGGGAACCUCCAGAUUCUGCUGUAUUACUUGCAUCCUUUAUUCUCUGAUCUUCUUCUUCAGCUUGGUAGGAAAUAGCCUUGUCUUGUGGAUUGUGAUGAAAUGAAACAUCAAAUCUUUAACAAACCUCAUCCUGAACCUUUGCAUCACUGACUUGACUUUCUCAUGCACUCUGCCUUUCGGAUUUAUAUCUUAUUAUGGAUGGAUUUUUGGUGAUUUUCUCUGCAAGACAGUAAGUGUUUUUUCUAUCAGCUACUAUGGUGGUAUCAUCUUUCUCACUAUCAUGACUAUUCUGCGGUACCUGGCUGUGGUUGAUCCCUUAUCAACCAUGCAAAUACAGACCAAAAAAUGUAGCAUUCUGGUAAGCAUGGCCAUUUGGAGCAGCAGCAUAAUGGUUGCGGUACCUGAGAUCAUUUUUAUUGAAGUCAUAAUUGAUCAUCAUGACAAACAACGCUGUGAGUAUGAAGAGUCAUUCUUCUGGAAAAUGAUAGAGAUGAGCCUGCAAGUAACAUUUUCCUCCUAUCUUUUCUUGUUAUCAUAGCUUGUUACAUUGGAAUGCUUAAAAUUUUGCUUAGAUCACGGUCUCAAAGGAAGUACAGAACUGUGAGACUCAUAUUUCUAUUGUGGUGGUCUUUUUCCUGAGUUGGGCUCCUUACAACGUUGUUUAACUUUGUGUACGUUUUUCUAUUCAGCAUGUCAUCAAGACAGACUGUCAAACUCGCAAUCAUAUCUUUUUUGCUUUUGAUAUCAGUCGCAAAGUAGCCUACUGUCACUGCUGCAUCAACCCAAUCCUGUACGUCUUUGUUGGAGUGAAAUUCAGAAGGCACCUAAAACUCCUCUACAAGCAAUUGUCCCCUUGUCAUGGCAGAAUCUCUCAGUCCAGCCCAAUAAUGCAUUCAUCUCAUUUUGGUCCAUAUGAGAUGCAUCUAUAUACUGAAGCAAAGAUUCCUGAACUGGAUGAGAUGCAAAGCAGGAUAACCAAUAUUAGAAGCUAAUCAAAUAACUGACAAGUUCUUCAGAUAUGCAAAGUAUAUCUAGUCUUCUUGUUUGUUUUCACUGGAGUUUUCUGCCUUUCUAGCAAAAAAAUUUUUUUUUUCAAUAGACAAUGUUGAUUCAGCCUUUUUUCAGAUUAGAAAUGAAAGGUGCAUUCUGUUUUAGUAAUGCCAAGAAAUAUUUGUGUUUUAAAAUAUAUAAUGGUGUUUUAAUCUUUCCAAUAUGUAAUGAUUUACAAAUCAUAUACUGUUAUGUAGAACUUGACCUACCAACAUUAUUUGAAUUAUUUGAAUGAGAAAAAUUACAACUGUCCAAAGGCAUGAACUGCCUUUUCAUCUUAAUGGUUAGGGAAGCAUGAUAUAAGAAAUGGGAACACUGAAUGAAUAUAGGAUAGUUAUAAAUAGAAAAUAAUAAAUAGAAUUCCCUUCCUCCAAUUCCAUUAAAUUCACUGAAUGAAAUAGAUUUAUUUCCAAAUGAUUUUUUUUCUUAAAGCUACUUAAUAUAAAAUCUGAUAAAGAAUUAGUCACAAUAUAUAACACCGACAAGAUUGAAAUGUGCAAUUUACUGAUUUUGAAUAGGCAUGUCAACCUGAAAGCAUUAUAGUAUUUUAAAAUCAAUAUAGUUCUAAAAGUCCUCAGUAAUCCUAUAUACAUUACCAAUGGUCAUUGACCA